AUGUCGGCCGGCGCCAACCUCGAGGUCGCCAAUGGGGCAAUAGGCGACAUAACCCCCCUUGGGAAGGGCGACAACAAUGAGAAGGCAGUCUUGGCUGAUGGCCACGGCUUCAAAGACGAACACGUCAAAGAAGAUACAGCCUCGGACGACAUUUUACGGGGGCCCCAUGGCGAAGAAUACCCUACCAAGCACGAGCUCGAGACGCUGCGACGCGUCAAGGGUUCUAUCAAUUGGGUUAUCUAUACCAUCGCCUUUUGUGAACUCUGUGAGCGGUUCGCCUACUACGGUACCACUAUUGUUUUUGUCAAUUUCAUCUCUGAACCCCUCCCACCUGGUUCGACUACUGGUGCAGCUGGGACCGAUGGUCAAGCAGGCGCUUUGGGACUGGGUCAGCGAGCAUCGACUGGAUUGACGCUGUUCAACAGCUUUUGGUCAUAUCUCAUGCCUCUGGCUGGCGGUUACGUUGCCGAUAGCUUCUGGGGCAAGUACAAGACCAUCAACAUUGCCAUCAUAUUCGCUACGUUUGGUCAUAUCCUCAUCAUAGUUUCGGCUCUCCCGCCAGUCAUCGCGAGCUCAGGCGGGUCUCUAGCAGCGUUCAUAAUUGGGCUGAUCUUCUUCGGAAUCGGUGUGGGUUUCUUUAAGGCCAACAUCUCCCCCAUGAUCGCCGAGCAGUACGAAGCAAAACAGCCGCGGGCAGUCGUCAAAACGCUCAAAAGCGGGGAAAGAGUUAUUGUCGAUCCUGUGUUGACCAUCUCCAUCAUCUACAUGCGCUACUACUUUUUCAUCAACGUCGGGUCUCUCGUCGGUCAGAUUUGCAUGACAUAUGCGGAAAAAUACGUCGGCUUCUGGCUUUCUUAUCUGUUGCCGACCUGUUUGUUCCUCACCUGCCCUCUGGUCAUGAUCUGGUGUAAGAAUAAAUAUGUGCGGCAUCCACCCACAGGAUCCGUUUUGGGAAAGUCUAUGAAGAUUCUGGGUCUUGCCAUGAAAGGCAAAUGGUCAUUCAAUCCGGUCACUACCUUCCACAACCUGCGUGCUCCAGAUUUCUGGGACAGCGCAAAACCGAGCCGCAUCGAGAACAAACCAGCAUGGAUGACGUUCGACGAUGCGUGGGUUGACGAAGUACGCCGGGGUUUCAAAGCUUGCACGGUUUUCUGCUGGCUACCCAUCUACUUCCUGUCCUACAACCAGCUUUACAACAAUCUCAUUUCGCAGGCCUCCUCGAUGACACUGAAUGGGGUACCUAACGAAAUCGUCAACAACCUGGACCCUUUGGCGCUGCUCAUCUUCAUUCCCAUUUGUGACAAGAUCAUCUACCCUGCCAUAUCCCGCGCUGGAUUUAAAUUCACCCCUAUCAAGAAGAUCACGGUCGGGUUUGCUUUGGGUGCCAUGGCUAUGGUCGUUGCUGCUAUUAUUCAACACUACAUUUAUGUACAAUCUCCCUGUGGCGACCAUGUGAGUAACUGUCCGACACCCCAGUCACCCAUCAAUGUCUGGGUCCAAACACCGGCAUACAUCCUUAUCGCACUUUCUGAGAUUGGUGCUUCCAUCACCGCGUUGGAAUAUGCCUUCACUAAAAGCCCCAAAAACAUGCGAGGCCUCGUAACUGGUGUAUUCUGGUUCUCUAAUGCGUUUUCAUCUGCCAUUUCGCAAGCAUUUGUCGGCCUCUCGGAGGAUCCGCUACUCGUGUGGCUGUACACCACCGUCGCCAUCAUCUCGGCGCUGGGCGGCAUAGGCUUUUGGUUCAGCUUCCGGAAGCUCGACAAGGAAGAAGAGGCACUGAACACUUUGCCGGAUUCUGUCUUCCAGGGCAGCAAGAAUAAGGAUAAUUUGGACCUCGAGGCCACAUUGGCUGCGAAGGCGGAGCAGGAGAAGAUUCGACAUGCUCAGGGGUUGGAUGAGAACAAGCGUGUCAUCUAA